AGGGAAGUUCGAUAAUAGAUUACUAACUAAUCAUAGUUAAUCUUGAUAUAUCACACAAAUCUCAGUAAUGAUAGGCCUCUCACCGAACCCGUUUUCUAUCAGUGGGCCCUCGUUAAAAAGGACAAGCUAACGCGGCGACAUGCAUUGGCGUACGCUAACUCUUCAGCUCAGCUGGGGCUGAGGGUGGCCCCAAAUUGGUGAUACUUUUCUAAGGCUGUUUUGAAAUUUCUCCAAUACCUGUUCCUAUUUCCGAAGGAAUCCUCAAGAUAUUUUCCCGUCCACAGGGCGCAUGUCCUAGGAAAGGAGGCAAAAUGUCUUCGACAAAUUCGGGCUACUCGGCCACGGACAUCAUCACGUAUAUUGGUGUGCCCCUAGCCGUUCUUGGCGUGCUCCCGAUUUUAUACAAUACUGUCGCGACGCUAGCCGCCUUGUCUAAGAUCAAGCGCAUGCUCCGUCACGGCCGCCUGACUGCUCUGACUCGUAGCGACGUCGUGAACCGAGUCAUCGAGGUGGAACUACCGCGAUACGCCGUUACCCCGUGUGACCGCUUUGCGGAGACGGAGCUGUAUUGGAAGCCUGCGCGGCAGCCGAGCUCAAUCCCCGGCGGCUCGUGGACCACGUUCAACUGGCAGGCUCGCGCUAUCGGCGCCAAGACCCAGCGCGUCGAGUACGCUGACCAGCUCCGCCAGCCACAAGUUGAUGUCGCGUUCGACCAACUCGUCGCCUAUCUCCUAGACCUGGGCGCUGUCCCGGAAGCUCAUGGUUGGAAACUGUUACGCUCAACAGGGUUGUGGACUCCAACGGGUUGCUCAUUGAUGAAAUCCCCCGACGGAUACCAUGAUGCUUUGACUAUAGCCCCUUUAGACGAUUCUGACGGGCAUCUGUCACUGAAAGCGAAAUGGUCAUUGGAUUGGACAACUCGGGACUUUUCUUCAUUGCCCCCUUAUUGGAUAAGACUUCCUCCUCCACCAAUAAUAGAACCCACGGAAAUCACCGAGCCCGUUGAACCCUCAGAAGGAACAUCUACCUCUCCAGAAGGGCCUCAAGUGGAGGAUGUAGAGAAGGGUGUCGAGGAAAAAGAGAAAAGCAGCGUGCGCAAGAAAUCAUUAGACUCGGUUCAGAAGCAGGCUGAGAAGAAUGCGAGCGCCACUAUUACAUGUCAGAUAUCCGUUGAAGGCCUAAUCUCCGCUAUGAGUCAAGAGGACAGCGCCAACUUUUCAUCAGCAGAUAUGCAGAGCCUUUACAUCGAGCACCUUCGAGUCCGGGCCAGUAAGAACGACGGUGUAUGGUUUGCAAGCAUAGCGACGGCGUACGGUACCACCAGCCAGACCGUAUUGUGGAAUUACAAGAUCCCUGAUGAUAUCCUCAACUUCGCCAGGCGGGAUACCGUGCCGUGUGGUAUCCUAGCAGUUUUAGAUGUUGUAGAUGACUCGCAAACGCCGGAAUGGACCACGAGCUACGACGCCGCAGAAGAGGAGCGCGAGCUUUUCUUCAGACGCAGCAAUGAACGGCACGAAGCACUGAUGUCCGAAUCGCGGAUGCAACCGGCCCAGAGGGAGGCCGCUGUUCGAGAUCGUAUGUACAGGGAGAUGAACCAGAGGAUGCAAGACAUGCGCGAUCGCCAGCGGCGGGAUUACCAACGUCGCGAAGCCCGUAUGUCCGAAGCGCUCCAAAGUCCUAAGUGGGACACUAAACUCGUUUCCGAGCACUAUUUACGUUGGCUCAGAGAGAGAAAAGAGCCCUCCACCGUCGGCGUGAAUAUUGAUGCUUCCCUGACCGUUAGAGACAUUGUCGGUAUGCUGCUACAUCGAAUGGUGCUCGAUGGCGAGUUCGCCUCUUCAAUCUGCAAGAUACUAGAUCUGUGGAAGGCCUGGGCGGACAACGGCGGCAUGAGGAGGUCUGACUUGGACACCCUGCGGGAGAAGCAGGAGCUCUUCGCUCUGGCCAGUCUUCUGGUCGCACUAGUCAGGGAUACUGUUACGGCUCAUGAGGGUACGCUAUCAAUAGAUUUACAAGAGUGUCUGCGGAUAUGGAAGACUGUAAGGCUUGGAUGAUAAGUAUAUUAGAACCCGUAUAUAUGUGUAUGUAUAUCCGAAUAUGUUGUGUUCUAACCAUUGUCUAGAUUAUAUCAGCCACAGAUUCUAAGCCAAUAUCUAUCUUUCCUAGGAAAAGCCCUGGUUCUUUGGAAUACGCCGCUCUUCAUCUAUAUUAUAUC